AUGCUUCAAGAAUUGUCGCAUAUGGACCGUAUCACGCAACUUCAAGAUGAAAUUCAGCAGCUCCUCAUGAUAAUGUCCACGAGCAUCGCCUACUUAACCAACCGCACCAACUUCAUUCAAGUCUCUCCAGAAAUUCCAAUCACAAAGCAAAGAAACCCGGAUAAGUACGAUACCCCGGAUGUAUUUGAAGCCAACAAGAAAGAACUCGUCACAGACCUUAUCCGUAAAGCAAAACAAGUAGAGUAUCUCAUCAAUUCUUUACCUGAGCCAGAGCCGGAAGAGAUCCAGGUGUGUUUUUUAUAUAUUCAUACAAAACUCUUGGUACAGGCUCAAAGACUCCAGCAACUAGAAGAUGAGAUGCAGUUGGCCAACACAGAGUAUAUUCAAGCCGUCAAUCGACUAAAAGCCCUUCAUGAACAAGUAACCGAACUUCUCCGUUCGAUGCUGACAGAGGUCAAUGCGGGGCUGGUAGAUGAUACAAAUGAUUCGAUUGACGCGGGAAAAGAGGGUAAUAUAAUGGUGAACAGUAGAGACUGGGACGUUUCGAUGGCCUUAUGAUACCCACGAAAAUGUGGACCGUGCCUUCUACCCCUUGGCUCCGUCACGCUUACCCCGAACCUCACGUCGUGCCCCUCCUCCAGUUCAAAACCACCAAUUACCAGUUUUGCUUUUCAACAUUGGACUUGGUGCCGCAAGUGCUAAACGAAUCAGUGAUGACAGUUAUUGUAGGUAGGCGAAAUCUAUUAUUCGAGCAUAUAUGGGGGAAAACCGUUUCGCAAUGAUGAAAGGGAGGAAAAUUG